AUGUUAUUGAGAAGCAUAUCUGCUCCGAUACUGAAGUAUUGGCUACCACAACACUGCUCGUCUCUCGAGCCAGAUUCACAGCUCCAACGCCGAAACAGAUCGUUGUCUCUUCUCUCAUCAAAGUCCAUCGAUGGAGACAACGGGGAGCUGUUGCACCAAGCUCUCUCUGAGCAUAAAGAAAGUUUUCUUAAAUCAAGUAACAACGACGAUAAAACCCUAACAUCACGCAGGCAACGCAGGUCAUCUUUAGAUGAAACAGCCAGUGUUCUUAAAUCAAGUAACAACGAGGACAAAACCCUAAUACCACACAAGCAACGCAGGCCAUCUUUAGAUGAUACAGCCAACAGGAGAAAUAGUUUGAAUCACUCGCCGACUUUUUUAGUGGAGAGGCUGUUCUCGAGCUCCGGAAUGGGAGAGAAAGUCAGAGGUGAUGAUAAUGAUUGUCUGGAGACUCUUGUGAGUGGUGGGGCUGGUGGAAGCAGCGGGGGCAAGAUUUGCAACGGUGGUGGUGUCGGCGGAAGCGGUGUUGACGGCGGCGGAAGUGUGGACGCCACCGAAGCCUAUUACCGGGAAAUGAUCGACAUGAAUCCAGGAAACUCGCUUUUGACCGGAAACUACGCUAAGUUCUUGAAAGAGGUGAGAGGAGACACGAAGAAAGCAGAAGAGUAUUGUGAAAGAGCAAUUUUGGGAAACACAAACGAUGGAAACGUUCUUUCGCUAUACGCCGAUCUCAUUUUGCAAAACCACGGAGAUCGUAAAAGAGCCCAUUCCUACUUACUACAAGCCGUCAAUAUGUCUCCACAAGAUUGGUAA